GUGAAGGAAACCAUGUUCAUUCCCUGGGGUGUUCAGGAGGGAUACGUAGGUCACAGGUGGGACAAACAUUCGUAUGGCUAUCAUGGGGACGAUGGACACUCCUUCUGUUCUUCAGGUACAGGACAGCCCUACGGUCCCACUUUCACUACUGGAGAUGUCAUUGGCUGCUGUGUUAACCUCAUAAAUAACACCUGUUUUUACACGAAGAAUGGUCACAGUCUGGGAAUAGCAUUCACAGAUUUGCCUCCGAACCUGUACCCAACUGUGGGGCUUCAAACACCGGGUGAGAUAGUAGAUGCCAAUUUUGGGCAGCAGCCAUUUGUGUUUGACAUAGAAGAUUACAUGCGUGAGUGGAGGGCAAAGAUUCAUGGCACAAUUGAGCGAUUUCCUAUAGGAGACAGACUAGGGGAGUGGCAGACGAUGAUGCAAAACAUGGUGUCGUCCUACCUGGUGCAUCAUGGGUACUGUGCAACAGCAACUGCCUUUGCCAGAGCAACAGGGCAGACCAUUCAAGAGGAGCAGAGUUCAAUCAAAAACAGACAGC